UCUCUCUCUCUCUCUCUCUCUCUCUCAUCAGCCUCAGCAUUUGAGCGACUCGGUGGAGAGCAGAAACGCGUGCUCUCAAAGCCAUCCAUCUCUUCGUAGAAACCCUAGAUCCUGUCUCGAUCUUAGCUCCCUUCGAUCCAGAUCAACUGAAUUUCACUUGCCGUUCGCCAUUGCGGGUGAUUGCCGGAGCCGUCUUGCUUUUCCGGCUCCAUUCGCUGCUCUGAUUGCUUGGACGGUUCCUAGUUUCACCUGCAUUGUUAUUUUUGACUUGUUUCUGGUAUUGAAAUAGCGGGAUCUGGUGAUGAGUUGGAACUGCUGAGCCGUCGAUGAUGGCUGUGCAACCUGAGAAGAUGCAUUUCUCUGUUGGUGAGGCGCUGCCGCAGCGGCAGUGGUUUCCGGACGAGAGGGACGGAUUUAUAUCGUGGCUGAGAAGUGAAUUUGCGGCGGCGAAUGCGAUUAUUGAUGCUCUGGUGCAUCAUAUCCGGCUUAUGGGUGAGCCCGGCGAAUUCGAGCACGCAAUAGGAUGCAUACAGCAGCGGCGAUGUAACUGGACGCCAGUCAUUUACAUGCAGCACUACUUCUCGAUUGGGGAUGUGCUGCUUGCGCUGCACCAGGCUGGGUUGAGGAGGCCGCAGACACAUUAUCAGAGGGAAGGAAAAAAACCGGGCUCAUUUGUGUAUAGGCAGGGUCAUCGGUCAGAUAGUGUCAGGGAGCAUCAAGGCUCGUCGUCUCCUUCUCAAGUGGCUUGUUCGGAGAAGGGAAAGCAUAAAUCGGGAUGCGAUGAAGAUGGAAAAUUAAUUGGGGGAGAUCAGACAUUGGGAGGAAUGGGUUCGUCAGUGACGGAUGUGGUUCAAAAGGACGCUGAGGGGACUAAUAGUUCUUCUAAUUCAGAGACAGAUGAAAGACAAAGAAAUGAUGAAAAUUGUGGCAAGUUAGAGCCAGUUGUUGAAAAUUGCCAUGACCAACCCGUGAAAGAAACAAAAAACGAUUCCCUUCCUCUUGGUAGUGAUCAAAUUCUGAAGCAAGAUGGAAAUCAGCAGCUAGUUCCAGUUCCCAAAAUUCUCGUGGGGAAUGAAAUAAGUGAUGGGAAGAUGAUCAAUGUUGUAGAAGGUCUUAAGCUUUAUGAGGAAUUGUUUGAUAGCUCAGAUAUCACAAAACUGGUUUCAUUUACCAAUGACAUGAGAGCAGCUGGGAGAAGGGGAGAUUUUCCAGGCCACACAAUGGUGUUAUCGAAGAGGCCAAUGAAGGGACAUGGCCGAGAAAUGAUUCAACUUGGCAUCGCUAUCUCUGAACGACCAGCAGAUGAUGAAAGUGAGGCUAGUUCCUUGCGAGAGCGGAAAGUGGAGCCCAUUCCAAAGUUACUGAAUGAUUAUUUUGAUCGCUUGGUGCAAUUGCAAGUUUUGCCUGCUAGUCCUGAUUUCUGUGUUAUCGACUUCUUCAAUGAGGGUGAUCAUUCUCAACCGCACAUUUGGCCCUCAUGGUACGGCAGACCUGUAUGUAGUUUUUUCCUAACAGAAUGUGACAUGGCCUUUGGCCGGACAAUUGGAGCAGAUCAUAGGGGAGAUUAUCGAGGUUCUCUCAAGCUUUCCUUGAAAAUAGGGUCUCUUCUAGUCUUGCAAGGCAAAAGUGCAGAUCUAGCCAGGCAUGCCAUCCCCUCCAUCCACAAGCAGCGAAUCAUUUUAACAUUUGGAAAAUCUAACCCUAAACGACCUUUUUCCAUAGAAAUCUCUCGCAUCCCUAUCCCCACCAUCUCCUCCCAGCCUUCAUGGCCUGCAUCGCCAGGCCGGCCAAGUGCCCCCCGCUAUUCGUCCUCCUGUUUAAAACAUUACAGUGUUGUCCCCUCAGCUGGAGUCCUGCCGCCCGCUCCCGUUCACCCCCAACACAUUCCUCCUUCCAACGGCAUACCACCACUAUUCGUCGCCCCAACUCCUGUCGCUCCAGCCGCCAUCCCUUAUCCCACACCUCGACUCCCCAUCCCUGGAACCGGCGUUUUCCUCCCCCCACCAGGCUCUGGCCAUCCUCAACCACCACCGCAGCCGCUGCCGCCACCUUCAUCAUCAUCAUUUUCUGAGGACGCGGGUGCUACAUUCUAUCCAGAAUCACAACAAGAUUAUUCUAAAAUUAUCGAAGAAAAACCAAACAUUAUCACAGAAAGCGUGGCGAUUAAAACUGACUGCAAUGGAAGCUUAGACGAUAAUGGUUCUAAUCCGGCUGGUGCGAGGCUGAUUUCUAAGGAAGAGAACCAAAACCAAAGUCUUAAUAACGGGAAGAAGAAGACAUCAAGCAAGCAUUUGGUCAAUGCUGGUAAGGUUUGAAACUGGUUGCUGUAAGAGACAGAGAGCACUGUUUGUAUUUAAAAUCUGGUAAAAUAUAAUAUCAAUAGCUGCGUGAGCUUCGGCCAAAUGUAAAGAGCGGAAGAAGAGCUGAUCACCAAUUCCUUCUUUCUUAUGUAUCCUCUUUUUUUA